CCCAAAGGAGAGGGGAACGUUUUCUUUUGGAGGCGGUCUCCCGCGGGGGGAAACGGACCGGAAGUGACGCGAGCGAGUUCCUGUUGGCCGGAGCCCAGCGGCGGGUGUGAGAGUCGGUCGGGAGUCGCUUUCAGGAUCCCCAGAUCCGAGAAGCCGGAGUGAGAGCGGGAUUGCAAAGAUCAUUAAACUUUAAAUCAGAAGACCUACAGUGGAGUCUGGGCUCCAACACUUACUGAGCGUAGGUUGCUCCUCAAGAGUUUCUGAUCUAUGAAAUGGCAGAGAAUGGAAAAAAUUGUGACCAGAGACGUGUAGCAAUGAACAAGGAACAAUAUAAUGGAAACUUCACAGACCCCUCUUCAGUGAAUGAAAAGAAGAGGAGGGAUAGAGAAGAAAGACAGAAUAUUGUCCUGUGGAGGCAGCCACUCAUUACCUUGCAGUAUUUUUCUCUGGAAACCCUAGUAAUCUUGAAGGAAUGGACCUCAAAAUUAUGGCAUCGUCAAAGCAUUGUGGUGUCUUUUUUACUGCUGCUUGCUGUGCUUACAGCUAUGUAUUAUGUUGAAGGAGCACAUCAACAGUAUGUGCAACGUAUAGAGAAACAGUUUCUUUUGUAUGCCUACUGGAUAGGCUUAGGAAUUUUGUCUUCUGUUGGGCUUGGAACAGGGCUGCACACCUUUCUGCUUUAUCUGGGUCCACAUAUAGCUUCAGUUACAUUAGCUGCUUAUGAGUGCAAUUCAGUUAAUUUCCCUGAACCACCUUAUCCUGAUCAGAUUAUUUGCCCAGAUGAAGAGGGCACUGAAGGAGCCAUUUCUUUAUGGAGCAUCAUCUCAAAAGUUAGGAUUGAGGCCUGCAUGUGGGGUAUCGGUACAGCAAUUGGAGAGCUACCUCCAUAUUUCAUGGCCAGGGCAGCUCGCCUCUCAGGUGCUGAACCAGAUGAUGAAGAGUAUCAGGAAUUUGAAGAAAUGCUGGAACAUGCAGAGACUGCACAAGAUUUCGCCUCCCGGGCUAAACUGGCAGUUCAAAAUCUAGUACAGAAGGUUGGAUUUUUUGGAAUUUUGGCCUGUGCUUCAAUUCCAAAUCCUUUGUUUGAUCUGGCUGGAAUAACAUGUGGACACUUUCUUGUACCUUUUUGGACUUUCUUUGGUGCAACCCUGAUUGGAAAAGCAAUAAUUAAAAUGCAUAUCCAGAAAAUCUUCGUUAUCGUAACAUUCAGCAAACACAUAGUGGAGCAGAUGGUGGCUUUCAUUGGUGCUGUCCCCGGCAUAGGUCCAUCUCUGCAGAAGCCAUUCCAGGAAUACCUGGAGGCCCAGCGGCAGAAACUUCACCACAGAAGCGAAAUGGGCACACCGCAGGGAGAAAACUGGUUGUCCUGGAUGUUUGAGAAGUUGGUUGUUGUAAUGGUGUGUUACUUCAUCCUGUCCAUCAUUAACUCCAUGGCACAAAGUUAUGCCAAACGAAUCCAGCAGCGGUUGGACCCAAAGGAGAAAACCAAAUAAGCAGGAAAAGGUUUUAACUGCAGAAAUUAAAAUGGAAGGGUUCUGCCUUAAAGUGGGAGGACUCCAGAUCAGGAAGGAAAAUUCCCUUUUCCAACCUGUAUCAGUUUUUAUUUUUUUUCCCCCCUGAAAGCAGUUUAGUCCACAUCUUGCACUGACAUACUUUUCCUUUGUUAAGGUAAGGUAUCCACCCUCGGUUCAAUCCAAGUUGUAUUUUAUUAGGGUGGAAUGUGAUGUUGAGCAGCAAAGUUAACAGAAACUGGCCUUCUGUUUGUUACUUUCAAAGGCCCACGUGGUACAAUUAAAGAAUUCCAAACACCAUCCCCCAAAAAAGAAUUCCUAAGUAUGUUAAAUAUUUCAAGCUUUUUAGGCUUGUCAAAUAUGACUUCUUUGUUUUUCUAAGUCAUCAAAAGUGUAUAUAAAUUAUACUAGAUUGGAUAACAGUCUUGCAUGUCUAUCAUGGUAAAAUUUAAUAUGCCAUCCUGCCCAACCCUUCCUCUCCCACCUUCGAAAAAAGGCCAUUUUAUGAUGCAUUGCACACCCUCUUGGGAAACUGAUCUUUCAAUUUUGAGACAGUAUAAGGAAAAUCUUGUUGGUGUCUCACAAAUGAGCUGACACCAUUUUUUAUUCUGUAUAUUUAGAAUGAAGUCAUGAAAAAACUUUAUAAAUACAUCUUUGAUCAUUCCAAAAUUGUGUCCAUUUUCUUGAGCGUUUUUUUUUUUUUUUAACUUCCUUUUGGCUUCUACCAACUAAAUUCAGCCUUGCCAUAUCCAUCACAGCCACAGUCUCUUACGCCUUCAUUUAUUUGCAUGAAAGGGCCACCACCAAGGCGUUUUUUGGUUGGGUUGAAAUUGGGCAGCUGGCUACACACUGCUGAAAGGGCACCUUAGGUACUGAUGUAUGGAGGGGACUUACUGGUUUGUGAAAACAGGAGAGAUGAUAGUAUAUAAAACAAAGGACAUGGAGAGAAAAAUAACCUGUUUUAAAAUAAAAACAAGCUUUCUCAUAGCAAUUAAUUUUUUUUUUUUUUUGCGAUUAAUUUUUAACUCAGUACGUAUUCUGAUUUUAGCAGACAGAAAUUUACUUUUAUUUAUAACCUAAUUUUCUUUCCUUUCUUUCGUGUUUGUUCUUAUGUGAUUUUUCCUUCUGGAUGUUUCUGGUUGAACUUGGUCAUUUUAUUUUGCUCAGGGCGGGGUGGGGGGGGCAUGGUGAUAAAUAGUCUCACUUUUCUCCUUUAGGAAAGUUGGUACUGACAUUAUGUUGAGUGUAGAAUUGAGUUUAAAUCUCAACAGGCCAGAAAUGCCUGGUUUGUUUGAUCAAAUCCUGCCUGAAUGUCUGCUUGUUUUGCCUACCGUCGUGACAUCUCCAUGGCUGUACCACCUUGUCGGGUAGCUUAUCAGACUGAUGUUGACUGUUGAAUCUCAUGGCAACAGCAGUCGAUGGGCUGUCUGACAUUUUGGUAUCUUUCAUCUGACCAUCCAUAUCAAAUGUUCCCAUUCAAACAUUACCCAGCACCAUGUUUUAUGGUUAAAAGAAUUGGUCCUUAGGUCUAGUGGCACUUUGACUCUUUUAUGCCAUAAUACUGUAUCAAGAGGAUUUUAUGCAAAAGUGGGAUAGUCUAUGUGUGAUCAAAACUAAAUAAAGGACAAGCAACCUGUCUUGUGAGUUUUGGAAAGGUUACUUCUUAACCAUCUUUUACCCCCUACCUGGAAACUUUCUAGCGGUAGUUACUUGAAAAGCGGUACCCAGACGGUUUCAAUAAACUCACAUUAACUGUUACAGUUUUUUAGAUUCUUUAGGGUUCAUGUAAGUCUCUAAGUUGGCUUCCCGUUGUCUUUCAUCACCUUCACCUGCAUUUUAUUUGGUGUUUGUCUGAAGAAAGGAAGGAGGAAAGCAAAUCUGAUUUGUACUGUUUGUACUAGAUUUUGGGAUUUGUUGAUAAAUUUAUUUUGGGGUAAAGUAUUAGAAAGCCUUGUUCCUUAGGCUGAAGGUCUAAGUGAUUAUAAUACAUUUGACUUGUGAUGGUGGCUUGUUCACUCUUGCAAAUGAAUUUGCUCGGAAAACAAAUGAAGAGCAGCUCUCCUCCUUCCCUGUGCUGCGGUUCAGGUGUGGCAUGCUCAGGUGAUCCUGCCGAAUUCCAGCUGGGGCCGCGUGCUACCCUUCUGUUCCUGCAGUUGGUUGGUUCCUUUCUUUAAUCCACCAAAGCGGACACAGACAACACGAUCCCAAAGACACGCCUAGUUAAUUCCAGCUGAUUGGAGACCAGAAAAUUUGUAAAUGGAUGGUUUGAUGUUCCUGCAAAUAAAAAAAAAGGGCCGGGAGUUCUUUUGAUUCCAUCUCUGUUUUGUUUAAGUCUCUUCUGUGCCUUAAAUAUCUGCAGCAUCUUAUCUGCCUCAAUUCAGUGAAUGUCAAGCAAUGACAAUACAAGGCAACGUGUUAAGGAGUAUACACAAGUACUGAGGAGCACCUCCCUUCAAACAACGCCAUGUAGGAGCAUGCGGUGUUUUCUGUAUUCUCUGUAUAACCAUAACCCAGAGUAUAGAGCUUAGAGCAAAGAGUUUUAUUUUCAUUUGUAUAAUGGCCUCUGUAUCUGUUCUCUAAAAGUCCAGAAAAAGACAAGGCUGGAAGUGAUGUUUCUGAAAUACACUGGUGUAUUAGGGAUAUAGAGGAGCGUGUGCUCCUUACAAACAAGCUCAGCCUGUGUUCGCAGUGUGCUCUGCUGUCUAGCUCUGGGAGGACAGCUUGAGGCUUGUUACUCAAAGCGAUCCAGUAAGUACAAAUUAUGCAAGAAGCUAGAUAAAACAACUAACUGCCCUCUUAUAAACUGGGGUGAACUGUGUUUGACUGACCCAUAUGUAAAGAACUCAUGAGUCCCCAAUCUUUUUAGCAUCAAAAAACCUUUCCAUAUGUUUUGAAACCCAUGUGCUUAGUCUGUUAACAGUGGUUUAGAUUUCUGCCUCUAACAUAAUGUGACCUGGAGAAAGUUUUUUAACUCAGCCUUGAUUUCAUCUAUAAAAAUAGAGAUUAUAUAUAGCCCGGUUGUCCUAAAGAUUACAUCAGAUAAAAUGUAAAGAAGCUGUUAAUGUUAGUAUGUUAGCAAUUUUUUAAUUCAUCAAAGACAGUGUUUGCUACACAUGUGAGAAUUUUACAACAGUGCAUUCGCUCACUUCAAAAAUAGGAUUUUAAAUGCUGUCUAUAUAUGUCCCCUUGUUUGGGAGUAAAUAUGCUCUGUCUAAAAAACUUAGUAACUAAAUCCAGUAUACAAAUUAAUAGAGAAAAGCAGAAAUUAAUGAACUAGUGACUUGAUUAGUAAUACCAAAACCUUCUCAAAUCUAGAAAUAUGCCUCCAGGUCUCGUCUUCUGAGAUGGCCCACACUUUGGCUUGGAGUGUGUUUCUCCCAUGGCGGCUCUCGCCUUUUGAGACUGACUGCAUUGUCUGUGAUGUGCAUCUCUAAGUAAAUCCGCUUCUUACCUAUCAAAAGGUUGGGGGGGAGGGAACUAGUCUAAUUAAGGUACAAAGCACAGAUACACAAAAUUUACUAUGAAUAACUGAAAAUUCUUGUCUAACCUUGGAAAAAGAAGGGUCACUUAGUUGAGUCUGACUGCGAGCCUGUGGACUGGAGCCCGCUAGGCUCCUCUGACCAUGGAAUUCCCCAAGCAGGAAUACUGGAGUGGGUAGCCGUUUCCUUCUCCAGGGCAUCUUCCUGACCCAGGGAUUGAACCCAGAUCUCCUGCAUUGCAGGCAGAUUCUUUACCAUCUAAGCUACCAGGGUCUAACCGUACCAGCUUUAAAUGUUGACAUUUUCUAAUUUGUUAUAAAGAUAGUUAAUGCUAAAAAGUCUAGAAGGUAGAUAAA